CCGCCCCUACAAUUAGCGCAAAUUUAAAUCUAGUCUGCCACUUCCGAUUAUAACUCAAAUCAAAAUCCUUUCAUACUUUCCUCUCCUCGUCUAAUCUAAUCAAAUCAUUCCCUGUUCCCCUGUUCCGUGCGGUGGAGAGAGGGAGCGGAAGCUAGUGCUCCGGCGCCGCCCCUUCCCUCCGGCCCCCGGCCGACCUCCGUGUCGCCACCCACCCCGCCCCAAGACGACGCCAGCCCGCUCCCGUACAUCUCCUCUCCCGCACGAGCACCGACCGACAUCGCCUCCCGUUCGAGCACCACCAAUCUCUGCUCCCGCACACAGUGCCGCCGUCGCUCUCCGCUUGAGCAUCGACCGCCGCCAGCCUAUCCCCUCAUCAUCUACACAAAAGGGGAAAGAAAAAUCCCGUUCCCAUCCAGGCCGCCGCCGCCGCUUCUGAUCUGAUCUGCGUCCCCAGAAAAAGCUGUGAUGGCGGGGACCUCCGGAGCCCAGAUCUCCUUCCGGCGGGCGGCUAACCGACCGAGGUCCCUUCCCGAUCCGCGCCGCCCCUGCUCUUCCUCCAACAUCCGACUUCAUACCCAAUCAGCUGGAGCCAAGCGAAAAUACUCGGUCGCCUGCUUCGAGGCUCAGAUGAAUUGCAGUUGGGUGACCAAGCGCGUGCGCUCCGCGCUCGGUGGUGGUGGUGGUGGUGGUAAGGCGGCCCUUUCCAGCCAAUCCCUGCAACCACUCCGUCCUAAUAACAGGUGCGUGCGUCUUGUUCGUUUUCGUCGACAACCCUCUUGGGGUGCCAAGCGCUCGCGCUCCGGGCUCGGCGGCGGCGGUAAGCCCGCACUUUCCGUGCGGUCCCUACCCCGUCCUAGUAACAGUGGCAGCACCGGCGGCCUGAGUGCUGAGCUUGUCCUCGCCAGCAACGUGGAUUCCAUCCCAGACUCGGCGAACAUCGGGGACGGGCCGGCCGGCCUGAUUGCCGAGCUUGCCCUCACCAGCGACGUGGAUCCCAUCCCAGACUCGGCGAACAUCGGAAAUGGGCCAGCCGGCCUGAUUGCCGAGCUUGCCCUCGCCAGCGACGUGGAUCCCAUCCCUGACUGGGCGAACAUCGGGGACGGGCCAGCCGGCCUGAUUGCCGAGCUUGCCCUCGCCAGCGACGUGGCCGACUAUAUCCGCUUCCGCGCCGUGUGCCAGCCGUGGCGGCGGUGCUCGCCGGACCCGUGUGCCGGCGGUCUGGACGGCCGCUUCCUCCCCCGCAAGUGGAUCAUGCUUGACAAGGCGCUUGCCGGGCCACGCCGCCAUCGCUUCCUCAACGUGUCUACAGGCGAGUGCAUACGUAUGGACCUCCCGGAGCUCGCGGAGCACACGUUGCUCUCGCUCACCCCAGAAGGCCUCCUCCUCCUGCUCCUCGAGACCACCCUGGUCGUCCGCCUGCUUAACCCACUCACGCGGCAGCUCACCAACCUUCCGCCGAUGACCGCGCUCCUGAGACCAGGGCAGCAUCGGUCCAGGCAAUCUGGCUUCAAGAUAGGGAAAACAUUCAGUGUGUCUGGCGUGGGUCUUGUUGCCGACGCCUCCAUGGUGGCAGUCAAUUUCUUUGAUCCCAGGGGGCUUUUUGUCGCUAAGCCCGGCGAUGAGAGUUGGACCAUGGUCGACACAAUGGUCGACAAGGAAUACAUAAAUUCGGGUUUGCCUUUUGCGGGGCGCUUCUACUGCGCCAACUACAGGGGCGUCAUGGUGCUGACGAUCGGCUCGGAUCAGCAGCCGCCCCGGCUCCAGUUGGUCGCUGACCGGAGCGACUCAUUUUAUUUCUCCCUGAUGGCGCACAGCCUUCACCUGGUGGACAACGGCGGGGAGUUGAUGCUGGUGCACCGAGCGCUAAGCCGGGACAGUAGGAGGUAUGAUGCUUACAGAGUGGAUUUGGAAGCUGGGGUCCUGACCCCAGCCAAGGGCUUCAACGGGCGCGCCGUGUUCAUGGGCAUGUGCCGCUCAAUUUCUGUAUCGGCUGAGGCUGCUUACCCCUCUCUCGCUGCUGAUACCAUCUACCUGGGACACGAUUGUGAUGACAAGAUUCAGGGGUACAAUAUCGCGGAUGGAAGCAGAUGCAGUCUGAUUGAGGCAGUAUGUCCGCAUAGUGUUGUGGAUUGUCUCCGCCGUUCCAUCCAGGGAGUCGGCAAGCGACUUGCUUGAGCCUCAGCACGAAUGAUGGGUGUUUGACGAAUGACGGGUGUUGCUCUUUGCUAUGAUUCUGUUUCUGUGGUGGGUGUAGUGUUUGCCGUGAUUCUGGUCUUGGCCUACUGCUGGGUGUGGUGUCUGCUGUGAUUCUGGUCCUGGUCUUAUGCGUCAGUUACUGUGUAUCAGACAGCAUUAAGAUAUGUACCUCAAAUAAUGUAAACGCUUAUUAAACAAAAAUUGUUACUGGUUUUCUGUUUCUGAUAUUUACAUAUGAUGUGGCAGUAUACUGAUGAAA